AUGGACACAAUUGAUCAACCAGGUCGCGUAGGCGACGACAAAGCGGUGUUCCAACAUCAUGAGAACAGCGAUUCAGAGCAUACUAGUCACCAGGAAAAGUCUGGACUGGGAUCAGAGGAAGCUAUGCAUGAAUCAGAGAGGGACAUACCGUAUCCCUGGAGCUCGCCCCAUGUUCUGGCGCCUCUCAUUAUUGGAUUCCUUCUUCUCGUUGCCUUUGGAUUUUGGGAAGUCUACGGGGCGAAAUAUCCGAUAUUCCCGUCCCGCCUGAAGCAAGAGCCUCGUACGCUUGGUCUGACCCUUGUGAUCACAUUCAUCUCCGGUGCCAAUUUCUUCUCCGUGCUGAUGUUCUGGCCCACCGAGUCAUUCAAUGUCUAUGGUCAUGAUCCGGUCGAAGUUGGUGUUCGCAGCAUCCCGAUUGGUUUUGGAAUCAUGGCAGGUGCUUGCAUUGUUCUCGCGCUGCUCUCUGUUCUUCGGGGACACAACAAGGAGCUCUUGAUUAUCAGCAGCGUUCUCAUGACAGCAGGAUGCGGUGCCAUGUCUAUUGGCCGUACUGAUAACAUGUACCAGCUUUGGGGUAUCCUCGUUCUCGCCGGCCUUGGAAUUGGAGGCAUUGUGGUGCCGGCUUCCAUCAUCACUACGAUCAUCUGCCCAGAUGAUCUCAUUGCCACCAUCUCUGCGCUUACUCUAUCCAUUCGCGUGGUAGGCGGUAGUAUUGGCUAUACCAUCUACUACAAUGUCUUUAUUUCCAAAUUUGUGCCCGCAGCAACGCACUAUAUUGGCGGAGUGAUGAUGACAGAGCUCAACAUCACCGAUGUCAAACUCAUCGGGGAAGCCAUUGAGUUGACAGGUGCAUCCUUGCUGGAUGAACUACGUCUUAUUCCCGGGAUUGCUGGGAAUGAGACCGCUUACCAGAUGGUUGUGGGUGCAGGACAGAUUGCCUAUGCCGAGGGAUACAAAUGGGUAUAUUAUGUCAGUAUUGCAUUUGGAGGCGUUUCUAUUCUGGCUGCUUGCUUCAUGGGCAGCAUCAAGAAGUACAUGACAGAUCACGUUGCCGUUGUGAUGUGA